AUGGAAGAUCCUGAGGAAGAAGAAGAAGUGGAAGUAAAUGGGGAAGAUCUUCCAGGAGGCUUAGGGGAUGAUGGUGCCAAAAAGUUCCUUGUUAAUGGGGAACAAGAAACUAGUAUUCCCCACGUUCUGCCGAAUCCCCAAACAUUUGUAGAACUUCUGCUUCUUCUUCUCUUCCUCCAAUCUUUCAGUUCGGAUCCUCUUCCUCAACCCUCGAAGCUCUCCAAAUCCGCUUCCCUAAACCCAAACACUUCCAAUUCCUCCUCCUCUUCCUCCAAAACUCAAACUUCCUCUUCCCUCUCCUCCCAUCUUGCAAUGGUGGAGCUCAGGUCGCGGAUCCUGGCUGCGCUCGCCAAGCUCUCCGAGCGAGACACCUACCAUAUCGCCGUCGAGGACCUCGAAAAGAUGAUCCGCGCCAUCUCCGCUGACGGCGUUCCGAUGGUGCUCAAUACCCUCGCCCACGACUCCUCCUUGCCCUCGCCCGGCCCUCAGGAUCCCGCCGGCUCCAAGAACGCAUCUUUUCUCAUCGCCCGGCGCGAGACACUCCGCCAUCUGGCGUUCCUGUGCGCCGCCCACACCGACGCGGCGUCCGCCCACCUCCCGAAGAUCAUCGGCCACAUUGCGCGACGACUCAAGGAUCCGGCCUCCGACACAUGCGUCCGCGAGGUGUGCCGUGAUGCUGCCGGCUCUCUUGCCGCCCUCUACCUCCGGCCCUUGGUGGCGACGGCGGCACAGGAGGAAGGCACCGGCGGUGGUGCCACUGGUGGGUCGUUUCCUGCAAUGACGCUGUUCGUGAAACCGUUAUUCGAAGCAAUGGGGGAGCAGAACAAGGCGGUGCAGGGAGGGGCGGCAAUGUGUCUCGCGAAGGUCGUCGAGUGUGGUGGCGGAGGAGGCUGCGGAGGUGGUGGUGGGGAGGGGGAAGAUGAGGGGAGGACGGCGGCGGCAGGCGGGGCGAUGUUCCAGAGGUUGUGCCCUAGGAUCUGUAAGCUGUUUAGUUGUCAAAGCUUUCUAGCCAAAGGAGCCUUGCUUUCAGUUCUCUCUAGCGUGGCAAAGGUAGGAGGUAUUCAUAUGCAGAGCAUGCAACAAGUGCUGCAAAGUGUUUGUGAAUGCCUUGAGAGUAGUGAGUGGGCUGCACGCAAAGCUGCUGCUGAUACUCUUGCCGUUUUGGCUUCAUACUCAAGCCAUUUGAUUGCUGAUGAAACUUCAGCGACAAUAGCUGCUCUUGAGGUAAAACCUGUCAGAGACAGUGUGACAGAAGCAUUGCAGAUAUGGAUGAAUAUUACAGGGCACCGUGAGAAUUCAACAUCAGGAAAUGCAAAAGAUUCUAAAAAUCCUGACAUAUCUGAUAAAGACGGGAUGACAUAUCUUAAAAGGUUUAGCCCAAGCAAAAGGUCAGAAUCCAAAAGCACAUAUAUUGAUUCUUCACCAACUGAAAAUGAUUCUAUACCCAAAGGAAAAGGUACUAACAUACCAGAGAAAGCAGUGGUAAUGUUAAAGAAAAAAGCACCAUCUUUAAGCGAUAAAGAAUUGAACCCAGAAUUCUUUCAGAAGUUUGAGAAAAGGAGUCAAAAUGACUUACCUGUAGAAGUAGUGGUACCUCGGAAGUUCUUACAAUCUUCUAAUUCACAAAAUGAAGAUGGAUCAAAAACAACUUAUAGUAAUUCAACUGGAACAUCAAACGGUUCUGGAGCAGUGCUUCAGGAACUAGGUGCUAAUGAACAUAACAAAGCAAAUUAUCAGAAUUCUGUGAAACGUGUAAGGGAUCACAAUAAGUUACAAGACUUGCUCAAUCUUGAUCAAGAUGCUGGGAUAGAUCAAAGAGGAUUCAUCAAAAAAGAAUCAAAAGCAAAAAACUCUGAUGUUGAUCGAUCAGAAGUCAUUGGGGAUCCUUCUCCUGGACGUGUCAACGUUACAAGAUCUGAUGUGCAUGUUGAAGGAUCCUUUGUAAACAACAAAGCAAAUUGGUCCACGAUACAGAGGCAGCUAACCCAAUUAGAGAGGCAACAAUCAAGUCUUAUGAAUAUGUUACAGGACUUUAUGGGAGGCUCCCAUGAUAGCAUGGUAACUCUUGACAACCGAGUCAGAUGUCUUGAGAGAGUUGUCGAAGAAAUGGCUCGUGAUUUGACAUUCUCAUCUGGAAAAAGAGGUGGAAACAUGAUCCAUGGGUUUGAUAGGUCUCCAGGUAGGUCUAUGGGCAAGUACAAUGGCCUACAUGAUUACUCCAGCUCUAUGUUGGGUAGGGGUGGCGAGGGGCGACUUCCUUUCUCGGAGCAGUUUUAUCAACAGGACAAUGUGGCUUCUGGAUUGAGGGGAAGGAGUUUCACUUGGGGGUUAGAAUCUGAAACAUGGGAUUCCUAUGGUCUUCCGAGAAAUGGUCCAAUGAACUCUAGAAGAGGCUAUGCGACUGUUCCAGGGGAGAGUUGGGUACCCCGAACUGAUCAUGAGACGAAUCAAUUCAGUGGCAGGCGGGGUUGGGAAAGGGGAUCUGGGCCAUUUAGGCUCGGCGAAGGGCCUUCAGCAAGAAGUGUUUGGCAAGCUUCAAAAGACGAGGCUACUCUAGAAGCUAUACGAGUAGCUGGAGAAGACAACGGAACUUCUAGAACCGCAGCAAGAGUAGCCGUUCCAGAACCAGAUGCCAAAGCUCUAGCUGAUGAAAAUCCAAGGUUAGACAAGGGGCCUCUUUGGGCAUCUUGGACUCGAGCUAUGGAUUCUCUCCAUGGUAGUGAUGUUGAUUCAGCUUAUGCAGAGAUUUUGUCUACCGACGACGACUUACUGCUGGUAAAGCUGAUGGAUAAAUCUGGUCCAGUCUUUGAUCAGCUCCGCGGUGAAAUUGCGAUCGAAGUCUUGUGUGCAAUUGGGCAGUUUAUUCCCGAAGAAAGUCUGUUUGAUAUUGCAGUGUCCUGGCUCCAACAGCUAUCGGAUUUCUUUGUCGAGAAUGGACCGGGCUUCCUCAACAUUCCUCUCGACUGGAAGAGAGAGAUCUUACUGAACCUCCGCAAAGCUUCAGCUCUCGAACCCCCGGAGGACCGGGAGGGGGCAUCACCAGAUCAACUAGCGAUGCGUUUGGCUUCAGCUUGGGAUCUCAACUUGCAACAGCUUAUCAAGUAGUGCACAGCUUGGGAUCUCAACUUGCAACAGCUUAUCAAGUAGUAGUGCACGUAACAAAUCUUCCUUUCAAUUUUUGGCCAAAUUGGUUAACCACAAUCAUAGGAGAUAGAGGUCAAUGGCGUAAAAGGAUUCAUACAGUCGACUUCACCUAGUGAGAAAAAAUUUAGUUAUUGUUGUUGUUGUUGGUUAACCACAAUCAUGUUAUAUACGUCAAUGAAUCUGAAAGGGAAAUAUAACCUUAUAUUACUGACGCGACAUUCAAAAA